AUGUUUACUAGGGUUAUUAAACGGUCGUUACCAAGAGUAUUUGUGCGGUUUAAUUCUUCAACCUUUCUCCCGUUUCUAGCUAUAACCAAAUGUAGGUCAUGUGGGAUCGAAUUGCAAAACAAAGAUAAGAAUAAGCCAGGAUAUUAUUAUUCUUCACAAGAAGAGGAGGAUGACUCGGGUGAGAUAAAGAAGCCUGUUAGGGAUGUGAAUCGAGUAUAUGGUUCAUUCCUUGAUAAGUUGGAUGCAGAUGAUAAAGCCUUGUUAUUGAGCAAUAAUUUCUCUUCUCCUCAAGGUUUAAAAGAAGUCAACCGAAGCAAUGAUUUAUAUACAUCAAAAGAGAUGGCAAAUAAAGUAUAUGAAAUAAAACCUGAUGAAAGUUUGAAGGAAUGUGUCAGAUGUAGACUGGUAACAUACCGAUCAAAGUUUGAAAUUAAUAAAGAUAAUUUCCCCAUUCAUGAUUUAAAUACUGUGAUGGCAACGAUUCCAAUGAAGUCCCCAGUGGUUUACGUAUUUGGUGCUAAUGAUUUCCCAAUCGGUAUCAAUCCUGAUAUUUUCAGAUAUCGUAAUCCCAGGGAUGUUUUCUUUGUAAUGACAAAGUCUGAUAAUUUAUUUGAAAGAAAUUCAGCAUCUGAGAAAUAUACAAUCCUGUUUUUGAGAGAUUAUUUGGGUACCAAAUAUUAUGUCCCCCCUGAAAAUGUAUACGUCACUCUGGGGAAAGAAGGUUGGAAUGCGGCAGCUUUAUCUGUUUUCAUUCCUGAUCUGGCAUAUCUUGUUGGGAAUACCAACUGUGGUAAAUCUACUUUGAUUAAAGCACUUAUGUUAUAUAAUGAAUUGCAAAACAGACGAGAACAAGAAUCAAAGAUUCCAUAUAUAGUCAGACAAAAAGGGAAAAAGAAGUUCAUUCAAGAAUUUAAUAAAAAGGUAGGUCCUGGCGUUUCAUACGUUCCUGGGUUUACUCGUGAUAUUAUGCCAAUUUUAAUUGAUGGAAUUAAGACAAUUUACGAUGUACCUGGUUUCACAUCAAAUGAAAAUAUUCAUGAAUUCUAUCAAUUGUUUAAAACUGGUAAAAUGCUUUCAGGUAUUACAGAGGGCGCUCAGACUUAUAAACAGGGUACUUAUAAAUCUAGGUAUCAAUCAUUCAAAGGUUCACAGGUGGUUAGUAUGGGUGGGAUUGGUUAUUUGACUAUCCCAGAAAACUCAAUGUAUCAAAUAAGAAAUGUUACAAAUAUAGAUUUGCAUAAAUUCUCAAGCUUACAAAAAGCUGUAAACUCAUCAAUCGAUACACCGGUGGCGCUCGAAGAGAAAUUCCUUAUCAAUCAUUCAAGGGAAACAUUAUCCAAUUUUGAUAAGUAUAUAAUUCCACCAUAUUAUGGAUCGAUCGAUUUGGUAUUUGAGAAUAUUGGAUAUAUGAACAUUAAACCAGUUGGUAGAAAGAAUACCAAUGAGUUAAUGACUUUGUAUAUCCCUAAGGGUUUAAAAGUUGCUAUAAGACAACAAAUCAUGGAUUAUAUUGCCAAAUCAUUUAGUGGAUAUGAUGCAAGGGGAAAUAAAUUGAAUAAAGAGAAUUAUUAUGACAAAUCUACGUUUGCACUUAAAUCUUUCAAUAAUAAGGAACCAUUUGCAAGUGAAUUAAUUCCAGGUAAGGGAAAGAUUACUGACUGUUUGGAGUGGACAAGUGAGAAUGAACAAGAACAAAAAUUAAAUGUAAAAUUGACUGAUUAUGCCCAGCUCAAUAUGGUUUUGGAUGUACCAGAAGAACACAUGUACGAUGACGCUUUCGAAGUAAAUGAACAAAAUAAAUAUAGGUUUUGGUCUGGAAAGUUUUAA